AAUUAACGACAGCGUUUUAUAGGCAAAACCCAGGAGGUUUUUUAGUCCAUCGGAAAAGCUGGGCUGCAGAAAUACGUUAAUCAGCAGCAACAGUUGGGUUGUUGUAGGCGAAGAUGGAAUACGUGAGCCCUGAAGGUCUCCGCUUGGAUGGCCGCCGUCCGAUGGAAAUGAGACAGCUUCGUGCAGAGAUCGGUACCGUCGCCAAAGCUAAUGGUUCUGCUGUUUUUGAGAUGGGCAACACCAAAGUCAUUGCAGCUGUGUAUGGCCCUAGAGAGGUGCAAAAUAGGAGCCAACAAAUUAAUGACCAGGCACUGGUGCGCUGUGAAUAUAGCAUGGCUAAUUUCAGUACCGGAGAUCGCAUGAGAAAACCAAAGGGUGACAGACGGUCAACAGAGAUAUCUCUUGUCAUCCGUCAAACCAUGGAGGCAUGCAUUUUGACUCAUCUAAUGCCUCGUUCUCAGAUAGAUAUAUUUGUUCAAGUUCUUCAAGCUGAUGGAGGAACUAGAUCUGCAUGCAUCAACGCUGCAACUUUAGCCCUUGCAGAUGCUGGGAUCCCAAUGCGAGAUAUCGUCACUUCUUGCAGUGCUGGGUAUCUAAAUAGCACUCCUUUGCUAGAUUUGAACUACAUUGAAGAUAGUGCUGGAGGUCCUGAUGUCACUGUAGGGAUCUUGCCUAAGUUGGACAAAGUGACUCUUCUUCAGAUGGAUGCAAAGUUACCUGUGGAUAUCUUUGAAAAUGUGAUGGGACUUGCAAUCGAAGGCUGCAAGGCCAUAGCAAACUACAUUAGAGAAGUAUUACUAGAGAAUACCAAGCAACUGGAGUAUCGCCGGGGUCUAUAACUCUAUGUAAGCGGAAGUAUUUGAUUGUUGACUUAUCGUGUUAAAGAUUCAACAAAAUAUACUAUACAGCAUUCUGCUUAUGUUUAGAUACCCAUUCAUUUUUGUUAAUUUGGUAUUUUGCUUCUUUUUAUGUUUUUUUCUUAAAUGAAAAGUUUUCUUAUUAUUGCUUAUAA